AUGGGCAGCGUUCUGGACAAGAAUUCCUCCAUUGUGAGGAAGCGCAUUGAAAGCCACACCUUUGAGGAUGAAAAUGGUGAAGAAUACGAGGGCAGCAAGUUCCAUGGCUUUGGAGACUACUUUCGCCGCAAAAAGCUGAAGCUCCAGAACAAGGAUGCGGAUACGAGAACCAAUUCGGACAAGCCGCAGAUAUUCAAGGGUAUCGUUGCGCAUGUAACGGGCUAUACACAGCCUCCCUUGCAUGUUCUUCAUCGCGACAUUGUAGAGCAUGGCGGAGGAUUCUUGCAGUAUCUUGACUCCAAGACUAUGGCUACACAUAUCAUCGCCUCUACGCUACCACCAAAGAAGAGCGUUGAUUUCAGUCGCUAUCGCAUUGUGAAGCCGGCAUGGAUCACGGAAUCCAUCGCAGCCGGCAAGGUACUGCCCUGGAGCGACUAUCGGGUGCUCGGUGAAGGCCCUCGUCAAAAGGUCCUCCGGUUGGAUGGAUCCAAGGGUCUUUCGCAAACCAGCCCAACAGCGAGACAGGGCUACCGAGAACAGACAGAGAAUAGCUUCUACACCUCUCAGCUACGAGCCUCAGUUGCUGGCCAAGAAGCUAUCGGCAAAGUAGAGACACCAGACCGCUUCGUGUCGAGCGAGGCAAACUCUACCGAGAGAGAGUCAUCAAGCACUCUGAAAUUAGCCGAUUACACAACUCCGUCAACCGAGGUCGCCAUUCCCGAUUUUCCAGAGUUCAGCCCAGAAACAGACACGCCGACAAAAACCCUUGCCCAAAGAAAUUCUACACAUGUCAAGAAACCGCCCAAAGAAUUUUCCGCGGACAUGACCCCCGAAGAGCACAACGCCUGGUUACUGUCGGAUCCUCGCCUGCGCGAAUCCUCGUGCGCGAACCCAAAUUUUUUGACCAAAUUUUAUGCCGAAAGUCGGCUUCACCAUCUUUCAACCUGGAAAGCCGAGCUCAAGUCAUCCAUGCAACGCCUUGCCGUAGAGAAGGGUCUAUCAGAAAAGAAGUUCAAGACACAAACUGGAGCAAGGCGCUACAUUAUGCACGUCGAUUUUGACAGCUUUUUCUGCGCCGUCUCACUGAAAAAGUAUCCCGAAUACAUGGACAAGCCUGUCGCCGUGGCACACGGAACGGGAAAUGGUUCCGAGAUUGCAAGCUGCAACUAUCCUGCUAGGAGCCUCAACGUGAAGAAUGGCAUGUGGAUGAAGCGCGCGAUGGAGCUGUGCCCCGAUCUCAAGGUUUUGCCGUAUGACUUUCCAGCAUACGAGGCCGCCAGUAAGGCCUUUUACGAAGCCAUCAUGACAGUUGGCGGAGUGGUACAGAGCGUGAGCAUUGAUGAAGCUCUGAUUGACGCGACGGCUAUCGUUCAUCAUGCUGCUGGCUCACAAGGAGUCGGUGUGGAAGAGGGCAGUGUUUGGAGAGAGCAAGAAAAGGUCGAAGCCCUUGCCGCGGAUCUCCGACAGAAGAUCAACGAACUGACAGGGUGCAACGUGUCAAUUGGCAUUGGUGGCAACAUUUUGCAAGCCAAGGUGGCACUGCGAAAGGCCAAGCCAGCGGGGCAGUACCAGUUAAGGCCAGAGGAAGUUCUUGACUUCAUUGGCGAGCUCAAGGUCGAGCAGUUGCCUGGGGUGUCCUAUAGUAUUGGAGGCAAGCUCGAAGAAUUGGGCAUCCGGUUUGUCAAAGACUUGCGCGACCUCUCCAAAGAAAGACUCACGUCGAUCCUGGGUCCAAAAACCGGAGAAAGGCUCGCCGAGUAUGCCCGCGGCAUUGAUCAAACUGAAGUAGGUGGCCAGCCGCCUCGGAAAUCGGUGUCGGCUGAAGUCAGCUGGGGCAUCCGCUUCAUCACGCAACAAGAAGCUGAAGAUUUUGUUCUCAACUUGUGCAAAGAAUUGGAGCGGCGUCUGCUCAAUGAACUAGUCAAAGGUCGCCAUCUUACAGUAAAGAUUAUGCGCCGAUCGCUAGAUGCGCCACUGGACCCUGCCAAACAUCUUGGUCAUGGGAAGUGCGACACAUUCAACAAGAGUGUUCCGUUUGGGGUCGGAACACACAAUGCGCAGGUCAUUGGCAAGGAAGCCAUAGCAGUCUUGCGAUCGUACAGAUUUAGCCCUGGUGACUUGCGUGGCCUUGGUGUGCAGAUGACCAAGCUUGAGUCGAUCAAGCCAGGCACCACAGCAUCCGACGGCAGCCAAAAGAGGCUGGAAUUCACGACCUUUGUGAAUCCCGCAUCAGCAAAGAAGACGAGUGGCUUUGGGUCGAUUGACGAUGUUGAUUCCCUACAACGACCCAGGUUUGUGGACAGGCGGGGCUCUAGUGAUGAUCCCAUCACAGACGAUCCCCUGACACCAAGGAAACCUAGAGUUCAUCCCGCCAUGGCACUUGCUAAAGCACGGGAGGACGACAUACAAGCAAAGACUCCUCUGAACAUUGGAGGUACCCAGUUUCUCAUACCAAGCAACAUUGAUCCAACCGUGGUGGCCGAAUUGCCAAACGACAUUCGCAGUAGAUUGAUGGCGCAAAAAUCCAGGUCCUCUACGCCCGGCCUUGACGCGCAGCCAAAGUCUCGAUCAGAAAGUCCAGCCGCCAUGGAAUUUCUACCUUCACAAGUAGAUGCUGAAGUCUUCAACGCGCUGCCAGACGACAUGAGGGCGGAAGUGCUCGCCCAAUACGGGCGUAAGCCACCGGCUCGGGUGUCUGUCAAGAAAGAUUCUCAAAUCCAGAGGAACCCAUCUACCCCUACGAAGCGAGGGGGGCACAAGGGGGCGAUAAACAAAGCGCAGAGGGAGCGAGACACCAAAGCCGGCGUGGUUCAGACGAGUUUCAUGACGGAACCCAUCGGCGACGGGUUUAUGGAUGAUGUCGGAGAAUUAGAUCCACAGUUUCUGGCCGAGUUACCUGAAGACGUUCGAAGGGAAGUCGUGGCCGAUCACAAAAGACAAAAGCUGGCGCAGCGAUCCGGACUCGACGCGCCGUCGCGACGGCCAGCUCAUGCGGAAGCAUCCGGCAGCGCCCUCUUCCCCACUCGCCAACGCAAGAUACAAUUCCCCGCACGACCGCCGCGAGUCUCGUUUUCGAGCGCCGGCGUCCGCUCCACCGCGGAGAUGAAGGACCUGCUCGAUGCCUGGCACGCGGACACGCGCCGCGACGGCCCGCACCGGAGCGACCUGGACAUUUUUGAAAAGUACAUUGCGCGCGUGGUCGCCGAGGAGCGCGACAUGGACAAGGCGGCGACGCUGGUCAAGUGGCUGGACGUGCUGGUGGAACAAGAUGGCGACGGCGGUCGCGGCCGGGAUGCGUGGCGGAAGAGCAUGGCCGGGAUCCAGGCGGUGCUGCAAGAGGCGUUGAGGAAGCGCGGCCUAGGGCCUGUAUAA